UCUCCGUCUGCCCUGCCUUCAGAGCGCGUUUAGCUUUACCGACUCCGGAGAUUGUCUACAGUUUCACAAAAUUUAGUGCAGUGACGUGAAAGGUACAGCAGACCUGAAACUCUCAGAAGACUUUUCAGUGGAAUGCUGGACACUGAGUCCACUGCCAUGGAGACGAAUGGAAAUGCAUGCUUUCCUGCUGAAGGCCAAGUAGCUGAGUGGUCUGCAGUCCAGGCUUCUUUGGAACAGCUCUCCAGCGUCAUGCCCGAGGACUCGGAUCCUUCUCAAGACGCUCCCGUCCCGCCUCCUGUACCGGAGCAGCUGCCUAUGAACUCKGAGCUAGGUUCUGUGGAGAAAGCUGUGGAGCAGUUUCAGCUUGCUAAYGCUGAGCUCUUCCAAAGUGAGCAUCCGCCACCUCCACCCCCUCCACCGCCCACAGACGAGACCGAACAAACAGAACUUGCAGCGUCUCAGCCAGGGGAACCUGUACAAGACGGCAGUCAAGAUGGAGCUGUAGCACCACAAACAAUGGAGGAUGGCAUGGAGCUGGAAGAAACAGCCAAAGAAGGUGAACAAGAAGCAGCUGUUCCUGCUGAGCCACAGCUACCGUCAGAGUUUGAAAAACUCUUCAAAGUCUGUGAGGACAACCCAGACGAUUUUAAUUCUUGGGUUACCCUGCUGCAAUAUGUGGAACAAGAGAAUGUCCUUACAGCUGCAAGAAAGUCAUUUGAUCUGUUUUUCCUGCGUUACCCUUACUGCUAUGGCUACUGGAAGAAGUAUGCAGAUCUUGAGAAAAAGCAUGGCAAUAUACAGGUUGCAGAAGAGGUGUACAGAAGAGGCUUACAGGCCAUCCCUCUUAGUGUGGACCUUUGGCUUCACUACCUCACCUUUAUUAAAGAGAACUCAGAUCUCACUGACCCUGAGACUGAGGGACGCAUUCGAGCAUCCUACGAACAUGCAGUGCUAGCAGCAGGCACAGACUUUCGCUCAGACCGCCUUUGGGAAGCCUAUAUAAACUGGGAAACAGAGCAGCAGAAGCUGGCUAAUGUCACAGCCAUCUAUGACCGCAUCUUGGGCAUCCCAACUCAGCUGUACUCCCAGCACUUUCAGAGGUUCAAAGAUCAUGUGCAGAACAACCAUCCCAAAUAUUUUUUGUUGGAAGAGGAGUUUCUUCAGCUCAGACACGAAUUGUCGAAAUCCAGCUUGUCUGCAAUGGUUGGUGAAGACGGAGAGCAGAAUGUCGCUCAGGAAGAGCUGCCGCCUGGUACCGAGGAUCUUGCAGAUCCUGCUAAGAGAGUGACAGAGAUUGAGAACAUGCGCCACAAAGUGAUUGAGGUUCGCCAGGAAGUGUUCAAUCAUAAUGAACAUGAAGUCAGCAAGCGCUGGGCCUUUGAAGAAGGGAUUAAGAGACCGUACUUCCACGUCAAAGCUUUGGAGAAGACACAGCUGAACAACUGGAAGGAGUACCUGGACUUCGAAAUAGAAAACGGAACCCCGGAGCGCGUGGUGGUCCUCUUCGAACGAUGCCUCAUCGCCUGCGCACUCUAUGAGGAGUUCUGGAUCAAGUAUGCAAAAUAUCUAGAGGGCUUCAGCACCGAUGGCGUGAGACAUGUCUACAAGAAAGCGUGUACCAUCCAUCUCCCGAAGAAACCCUCCAUCCACCUGAUGUGGGCGGCCUUUGAGGAGCAACAGGGCAACAUGGACGAGGCUCGUGAAAUCCUGAUGAACCUGGAGGCGACGAUUCCGGGUCUUGCCAUGGCACGUCUUCGGAGGGUCAGUAUGGAGCGCCGUCACGGUAACUUGGAGGGAGCGGAAGCGCUGCUGAGGGAAUCAAUGGAGUCUGCGAACAAUCCUACUGAGGCGUCGUUUUAUGCUGUGAAGCUGGCCAGGCAGCUGAUGAAGAUCCAGAGAAGUCUGAGCAAGGCGAAGAARGUGCUGCUCGAGGCGAUUGAGAAAGACCAGACUAGCUCAAAACUUUAUUUGAACUUGCUUGAGAUGGAAUUCAGCGGAGAUAUUCAGCAGAACGAGGCUGAGAUCUUGGCUUGUUUCGACCGCGCCCUGAAGAGCCCCAUGCCUCUGGAGUCUCGCAUCGUCUUUUCUCAGAGGAAGGUUGAAUUUUUGGAAGACUUCGGCAGUGACAUAAAUGCGCUUGUAGCUGCAUAUGAGGAACAGCAAAAACUACAAAAAGAAGAUGAAUCUUUGAAGAGGAAAGCAGAGAAUGGAUAUGACAGUUCUCAAGAACCUGAUGCCAAAAGACAACGAACAGAUGACCCUUCUGCAGUUGCUGCAAACGCAAUGACGGACAUGUCUGCAAACAACUCUGCAUACAACUACAAUUGGUACCAGCAACAAUAUGGUGGCUGGGGACAAAAUUCCUGGGGGCAGUACAACCAGUACGCUCAGUACAACCAAUACUACCCUCCUCCUCCUACAUGAUGAUCAAACUGCUGACAUGAAGAUGGAAAGGAGUUCUUUCUGAUCCUAACGUUUUGAGCAGAAUAAAAUACCUGGGUGUCACGGAGAUUUCAGUUCAGCUAUACAGUGCACAGAGUUUUUCUUGUUCUCACACCUUCAGGCUUAGAUUUUUUUAAUGUUAAACCCCCAUGGUACAACACUUGGUUAGAUUAGUCGUUUUUAUUUAGUACUCUUUCUUUAUCUUUAUUUUUUUUCUUGUUUUUUUCUUUUGAUCAUCUCAGAAUUCUAAUUUGAUGAAAAUUGUGAAGGCAGGUUCUUUUUUGCUUUUCCCUCCCAUGUGACAUGUACAAAGACUUUAAUUUUAGAUAUUGCUUUGUUUCAGAUUUAAACUUGUGAUGAUUGCUUUCAUGCAUAAAGAAAAUUAUAGUUUUCUUUCCCAAACAACAUUUUAAAAAAUUUCAUGCUUGUUUUCAUUGAGGGUAAUGAAGAGGUUUUUUUUUUAUUAUUAUUAUUGUUUUGGCUUGAUUUCAUAAUAAAGAUAUUAUAAAUCGA